AUGGUCUGUGGCCCCACAGAACUGGAAAGACGGAUGGAAGACAAUAACGUGAACCAAUGGAGGCCGGACAUGUUGUUCGAGUCGUGCCGACUCAGGGUUUCUAUGUCGGGGAGCGGAGAGUACAGUAAGUUGGUGCUGCUAUAUUAUAGUAAAAUUUGCACAAAGUUGGGGCUAUAUAAAGCUGAAUUUUUAUUACCUUCUCUAUAAGAUAAAUAUUUUCUUCAGGAGACGCUGAAAUAUUAUCUAUAAAAGUCGGCUACACCGGUGAACGGUCGUUUUACGUGCAUUAUGUCGAUUGCAAUCGCCGUCUGGACGAAUGGGUAACAGAACGUCAACUAGAUUUAACCACAGUAACGUUACCGCAAAAGAUUCACAGAAGAAACCUUCAUCUACCAGCUUUACUGCAGAAUAAUGAGUAUGAUGUUGAGACGAGUUCACGAGGUUCAACACCUGAAUGUGGAGAUGUGAGGAAGUUACAGAUAACACGGAAGAGGACGUAUAACUCGAUUUCAUCUGAAGUUAGAAGUGAAGAUUUUAAUGCUGAGGAGAAGGAUGAGGCUUCACCUGCACCUACCACACCAGCACCUGGACCUAGAGGUAAAUAUUCUUAUUUUUUUUAUUUUAGAUUUUAUUUGUUCUAUCAAAUAAGGUGCAUGUAUAACAUGAUGAUUUAGCCGCUCCUUCUCUAAGAGGGUCUAUGUCAAUGGUGGGACAUUCAGAAGACGCUCAGACAAGAAUACGAAAUGUAGAGCUAAUUCAGUUAGGGAUGAAUCGAAUGCAACCGUGGUACUUCUCACCUUACCCUCGAGAGCUAUGUGCUCUCCCUUGUAUAUAUCUAUGUGACUUUUGUCUACGGCCACUUAAAUCGCCGUUUGUGUUGGGAAGACAUUCUGUAAGUACUUCUAUUUUUUGUCAGUUUUUAGGUUUAGACCUUAGUUAUGAAAAAAUAAGUAUAAAAACCUAUUGCUAAUCUAAGUUUACAUGAAUAAGUUUUGGUUUUGCAGAAAAAAUGCAAUUUGACACAUCCGCCGGGGGAAGAGAUCUAUCGAAAUGACAAAAUAUCGUUCUUUGAAGUCGAUGGAAGGUGCAAUAGGGUAGGUUUUAAAAGAAUAUGGCUAGUAAUUUUGGUUAAGUAGUGUAAUCACACGUUUAAAAACGUACCAAUGUAGAGAAAACGUACAAAAUUUAUGUUUUGACUGUUUUUAAAGAACAAAAACUUGAUGUAUUUCUUAGUUUAAUUCAUUUUCAGACCUAUGCAAAACACUUAUGCUUGUUGGCUAAACUAUUCUUGGAUCACAAAACAUUAUAUUAUGACACGGAUCCGUUUCUCUUCUACGUAAUGACAGAAUCAAAAGACACUGGCGAUCAUAUUGUGGGAUACUUUUCAAAGGUAGGGAUGAUCCUUUUGAACGUUUAACGAGAUUCAUUUGAGCGUUAAACUAAAAUGAACUGUUAUGGGGGAUAUUUUUGAGGUUUAAAUUGUUUAAAAUGAGUUUUGGUUUUUGGAAAACUAAAAUUUGUAAUUAUAAGAUGUUUUUAAAAAUGUACUUGAUUUUGUAUUUUUUUAAGUUUGAGGGUAGUUUUUGUAAACAAAACGUGAUAAACGAGUCAAAACUAUAGCUUUUCUUCUCCAAAGAUGGAUUUACAUAAUAAAUAAACUAACUUUGACUGACUUUAGGAAAAAGAAUCAGCUGAUGAAUACAAUGUGGCCUGUAUAUUGGUAUUACCCGCCUUCCAAAAACGAGGCUACGGUCGACUCUUAAUCGAGUUCUCAUAUGAAUUGUCAAAAAUUGAAAAGAAGACGGGAAGUCCAGAGAAACCACUAUCAGAUCUCGGGCUUCUAUCCUACAGAAGCUACUGGCACAACACUAUUGUAGAGACGAUUCUAAACCGAAUCGAAGAAGCCAAUCAGAUACCGCAGAAUAUCAUGAUGGCCGACGAUACGGCGGAGGAAAUCGACACGAAAACGACAAUUUCCAUAAUGGAUUUGUGCGAACUGACCAGUAUUAAGAAGGAGGACAUUAUCACGACUUUGCAGGUAAGUUUACGGCUGGUUGUGGGGGAGGGGUUGGAUGAUUUUAAAUUCUUUUGUGGAGAGAACUUUUUAAAUGCUUUUUUAUUUAAUUUUCAAAUAAAAAUGAAUUUUCAGGUAAACGAAAUGUACGCGUACGUGCGCGGCGAGAACGUGAUCCGCCUCACCAACGAGAUGAUCGACGCGUUCCGCCGGUCAGUCAAAAAACGACUGGUCCGAAUCGACCCAGCCUCGAUCCGGUGGCGGCCUCGGAACUGGGUCCGGCCUAAACCCUAG